AUGUCUGCUGCCGAAGAGACCAAGCCCGUGGAGGCCCCUACCGGCGAGGAGAAGCCUGUGAUCUCCUCGGCCGUUUUCUCCAUGUUUGGUGGCGGUGCGAAGAAGGAGAAGAAGGAGGAUGAAGACCGUGGCGACAACUCUGGAAGCGCAAAGGCCCAGCGCGAGGCCAAGGAGGAGGACCAGGCCCCUGAGUCCGAGGAUGUUCACUUCGAGCCCGUCAUCAAGCUGACCGAGAAGGUCGAGACCAAGACCAACGAGGAGUCGGAGGAGCAGCUUUUCAAGAUGCGUGCCAAGCUGUUCAAGUUCGUCAACGUCAAGGAGGGCGGAGAGUGGAAGGAGCGCGGCACUGGUGAUGUCAGGCUGCUCAAGCACAAGGAGAACGGCAAGACGCGACUGGUCAUGCGCCGCGACAAGACCCUCAAGGUCUGUGCCAACCACUACGUCGUCCCCGAGAUGAAGCUCUCUCCCAACGUCGGCUCUGACAGGAGCUGGGUCUGGAAUGCCGCCGCCGAUGUCAGCGAGGGAGAGCCCGAGGCUGUCACCCUGGCUAUCCGUUUCGCUAAUGCUGAGAACGCCAACCUUUUCAAGGAUGCCUUCCUCUCCGCCCAGAAGGAGAAUGCUCAGUUCUUCCCCAAGACCGAAGGGUCCGAGAAGAAGGAGGAGGCUCCCGCUCCGGAGGCUGAGAAGACUGAGGCUGAGAAGACUGAGGCCGCUGCUGAUGCCGCUUAG